AUGGCGGGACAGUGCGUGGGAUCGUCCUCGCUGACGGCAGGACAAACGCCUCUUACUUGUUUCUCCGCCACUCCAGCCCCUAUCCUCCAUUCCCCCUCGUCCACCCUACUUCCUCGUCGCAUCCACUCCGUCCAUCCUCGCCCAUCCUCAGCUGGUCGCACAUCGUCGCACCGUCGCACACCGUUCCUUCCCCACCGCUCCUUCUCGAGUCCGCUUUUCGCUCCGCUGCCCCCGUCUCGUCCCCCCGCUCUCCGCGCAUCCAAGGCGGGCAGCGACGCGCCGCUCAGCGACUCCACGGGCGGGGAGGGCCAGCAGCCGCGGAAGGGCGCAGAACGACCCUCGGGGGCGGAGUUUCCGCCAGGCGCGCUCAACGGGGCGAGCAGGCCCGGAGCGGGUGGCGGGGGCGGCGGCGCUGAUGCUGCGGCAUCGUGGGGCGAUGGGCAGAAGAAGGACAUUUCCGGGGGAUGGAGCGAUCCGUCGGAUCUAGACCAAUCACGAUCGUCGGCGGGUAACCCACCAGGCCUUCCCGAGUUCGCGGCGGGCUUCGUUCUGCUGCUGGGGCUCGGCGCGCUUGCCUUCGCCGGCUUGCACAGACGAGUGUCCGCUGCAGGCCGUACCAGUGCUCCCAAGCCGCCUGAAGCGGCGGUCGUCGGCACGCUGCUGCCCUCCUCCGCUCAACCCAGCCCGUCCGCUCAUGCACCAAGCACCGAUGCGUCUGCUGCUGCUGCUGCCCCCGCCUCAGCCCUGAGCGGUUCUGAGGGGUCAGGCAGCGAGGGGGCGGGGAAGAAGGACGCGGAGAGGCAGGCGGGAGGAGAGGGAGAGUCAGAAGCGAAACGGGCAGAAACCUCGGAUGGGGCAGCAGGGGCGGGAGGGAUGGCGGAUGCGGCAGCGAGCAGGGGCGUUGACCCGUCUCUGAACGACCUGCUGCUGCCGUCUCAGAUCGUGGCUGCUGCCACUGUCGCCGCCGACACGCCCCCGCCCCUCCCCUUCCCCAUCACCCUGCAGCACCCCAGCACCACCACUGGCGCCGCUGCUGCUGCUGCUGCUUCCAGUGAGGGAGCGGGCAGGCAGCAGGGCGAGGAGAAGCAGGCCCCGCGUGGGGAGGCAGCAGAGCAGGCGGGGAGCAAGGCGCAGGGGCUGGAGCAGCUGCUGUCAGGGAACCAGGGGGAGGCGGGCGCAGCCCUGAGCGCGCUGGGAGUGGGCGGCGGGGCGGAGGAGGAGGGGGAGGAUGUGGUGGGGCCGUUCGCGGCGGAGAUGGCGGAGUCAGUGUCGGAGCUGCGCCCGUGGCUGGAGGCCAUGCAGGCGGAGCAGGCAGGGGAGGGCGCGGAGGGGGGGGAGGCGGCGGAGAAGGCCUUGGAGGGACGGGGUGAGGGGGGAGGUGAAGCGGAGGGAGCGUCUCGAGAGAAAGCAGAUGGGGAAGCAGCAGCUGACAGUGCGAGCAGCAGUGCAGGCGGCGCCAGCCCCAUGUCAUGGGGCAUGGCGGUGUUUGUGCCUGCGCCACUCAGCGCCGCGCCCCCUGCAGCAGGCGGGGCGGGCGAGGCGAGGGCGGGGCAGGUGGUGGUGCGCGCAGCCGUGGACAGCUCGCAGCACACGGCGCUGGAGGCGCUGCAGGCGCUGGAGGUGAUAGAGGAGGGCGUGGACGCGGCGGGCAUCUGCUCGCGCAGGGAGUUUGCGCGCUGGCUGGUGCACGCCUCCAACACACUGUCGCGGGCGGCAUCGGAUCGCAUCUACCCCGCCAUGUACGUGGACGGUUCCACCGCACUCGCCUUCGAUGACGUCCCCGCCGAUGACCCCGACUUCCCUUACAUUCAGGGGCUAGCGGAGGCAGGGCUGAUCGCCAGCAAGCUCUCCCAUGCGGACCUUGGCUGCCCGCGUGCCGCUGCUGCUGCACGCCGCAGGGGGUGCAGUGCUGGGGCCAGUGCUGCCUUCCGCCCUGACUGUGCGUUGACUCGGCAGGACCUCAUUUCCUGGAAGCUCUCCCUGGACUACCAUAACAUGAUGCCGCUGCAGCCCAAGGAGGACGUGGUAGCAGCGGUGGGGUUCAUAGACGCGGAGAGGGUGGACGAGGAUGCCCUGCCUGCCAUCGCACAGGACGUGCUCAGAGGCGACAGGAGCAUCAUUGCUGCUGCCUUGGGCUUCACGCGCCGCUUUGACCCGCACAAGCCAGUGACGCGCGGGCAGGCAGCAGUGGCGCUGGCGGGGGGCGGGGUGAGCGAGGUGGUGGCGGGGGAGAUGGCACGCGUAGAAGCAGAGCACAUAGCCGAGGCCGCCAUGGCUGUGGUGCAGGAGGAGGCAGCAGCCGCUGCAGCGGCAGAGGCAGCAGUGCUGGCAGCAAAGGAAGAGGCGGUGGCGGUGGAGAGGAGGCGCCGGGAGGAGGCGGAGAGGGCGGCAGAGGCUGCUAUGGCGCGGGUGGAACGCCUUGAGACGGAGCUGCAGACGGAGAAGGAGGAGCUGGAGCAGCAGCGACAAGCGCUGGCAGGGAUGAGGGCGGAGGCACGGCGAGAGAGGGAGGAAGCGGAGGCAGCAGUGGAGCAGCAGAGGCAGGAGGUGGAGAAGCAGAUUAGCAAGGUAGAGCAGGAGCGGAGGACAGCAGAGGAAGCACUUGCUGAGGCGAGGGCUGCUGCUGCUGCUGCCGCUGAAGCAGCAGAGGAGCUGCGAGUGGAGAAGGAGCAACUGGAGGCAAAGAGGCAUGUGACGGAGGAGCAGGCACAGCUGGUGCAGGACGCAGCGGAGGAGCUGCGAAGGGCUCGCCUGCAGCUGCAGCGCCGGUGGCAGCAACAGAACGACAUAAGGGGAGGGGAGGAUGGGCGCAGCGUGGAUGGUGCCAGCAUAGUAACAGAUGAUGGUGGUGCAGGGGAAGGGACAGAUGGCAGCAUAGCGGUGGAAGCGUCAGACGAGGAGAAGCAGUUGCUUGAGCGAGUGGCAGGGAUUCUAGCCAGGAAGCAAGCAGCAGAGAGGGAGAACGGUGGGGGCUUUGCCUUUGGAUGGAGCCCUGAUGCAGCGGUAGUGAAGGCCAGGCAGCUGCUGCAGCAAGCAGUGGAGCGGGUGAAGGCUGCAGGGCAGGCCGUCCCUCGUGACCCUUCUGCACUAGCUCAACUGUUGCAGCAGCAGGCCACGUCCACCGUUGAAGGCGCCAAGGCUGCUGUAGGGGUGGCCCUGCAGCGAGGCACGGCUGCUGGAGAAGCGUCAUAUGGUGGGGUGGUGAGCCAAAUGAGGGAGCUGGGAAAGCGGUUGACAGGAACGCAGAAGGCACAAGAGGAGGCAGUCACACGCACUGUUGAAGUACAACACCGUGUUGGGGGGGACAAGGGUGGUGACGCAGGGAGCAGAGCAUCUGAGUUGGUGGAAGAAGCGAUGCAUGUUGGAGGGAGGCUUGUGGAGGGGGUGAAGAAGAAAGCACAUAGAAGAAUGCACGAAGUUAAGGAAGUUGUGGAUCAGCUUAUGGAGGGGUGGUCCAAGAAAGGUGGUGGGACCCCUUAG